AUGUCGAACGUCACCUACGAAACAGGAGACACUGCGUGGGUGUUAACCUCAACUGGCCUCGUCUACCUGAUGACACCGGCUCUCGCUUGUUUCUAUGGUGGUCUUGUGGAAAAUAAAAACUUUCUCAAUCAGCUGUUUCUAUCUAUUGUUUGCAUGGCUAUUAUUCCUGUACAAUGGUGUCUGAUCGGUUAUUCGUUUACAUUUGGACCAGGCACUGCGAUAUUUGGUUCAUUUGAAUAUGCCGCUCAACGACCAGAAAGUUUUAUCUCUCUUUCUAGUGAUAGAAACGUACAAACAAUUCCACCAUCCGCAUUUAUGGCUUUUCAAUGUGCAUGCGCGAUCAUUACACCGGCAUUAAUUAGUGGUGCCGUUGUCGGUCGAAUGAAAUUAAUUCCGUAUAUGAUCUUUAUAGUUCUUUGGACAACUUGUUGUUAUGAUCCAUUAGCACGAUGGAUUUUCUCUAGGCAAGGCUGGCUGCAUCAAAUAGGCGUGAUUGACUUUGCUGGUGGUCUAAUGAUUCAUGUCUCAAGCGGAGUAUCAGGACUGGUAGCUGCCUUGAUUUUAAGAUCACGCGUGCAUUUUGACCCGGAUGUUGUCAAUGCAGGACAAACAAAUCUGCCAUUUACCGUGGUGGGAACAGGUUUACUAUGGGUUGGAUGGAUGGGUUUCAAUGGUGGAUCAGCUCUUGUCGCUAAUGGUAUCGCUGCUCUAGCUAUUGUCAACACAAAUGUGGCAGCAGCAUCAAGUAUGAUCAUUUGGAUUGUGCUAGAUAUUAUUCAUAGAAAAUUGAAUAGACAAACUUCGGCAUUCAUUUCCAUUCCUGGUCUUUGUUCAGCAACUGUCGUUGGUCUUGUUGUUAUUACUCCUGCGGCUGGUUAUAUUCAACCGGGUUACGCAAUUGUUACUGGUUUUAUCGGUGGUUUUCUCAUUCAUUCAUUUCUAUCAAGCAAAAAACGUUUCUUUCACAUCGAUGAUACUCUCGAUGUGUUCAGUUGUCACGGAUUAGGCGGCAUCAUAGGCAUCCUUCUCGCUGGAUUAUUCUCUCAAACUGAUGUUAAUCAAAAAGUUAACAAUGGUGCAUUGUAUGGCAACAUUCGCCAAUUAGGAUAUCAAGUAAUCGGACUAUUAGUGGCUAUUGGCUUCUCUGCAGCGUGCACGACAGCUAUUCUUUUGACAAUGCAUCUGACCAUCGGUAUUCGAAUCAAUCGAAUUGAUCAAGUUCGUGGUUUAGAUAAUGUUUCACAUGGCGUCAUAGAUAUUGAACUGGCAGGUAGAUCUCAAAGAAACAAGUUGCCCAUUGCGAGACGACGAACACCUGAACGAAUGAUUUCAACACUUACGACGCUUGAAAUGACCCAAACUGCGUGA